CUCUCUCUCUCUCUUCCCCUUCAGCUCCCUUCUCUCUCAUCUCAAAAGGCCCAAGAACUCUAGCCCAAUCUUUUUUCUUGUUCAUUGACGGUCAUAUUUUUCAAGAUGGAGGAUUUGCCUCCGCCGCCUCCUGUCGUACCACCCAAUGGGAAGCCGGAAGUCGUAGCUCUGGCUCCUCCUAAGCACUCUAUUAUGGUUAGGCCACGUGGGGGUGGAACUACAGGGCGCCGCAUACAAUUGAGCACUAACCACUUCAAAGUUUCUGUGAAGAAUCCAGAUGCUGUGUUUUACCAGUACUGUGUUCUGAUAACUUAUGAAGAUAACAGGCCUGUUGAAGGCAUGAGAAUUGGGAGAAAGCUGGUGGAGAAGCUCUAUCAAACAUACUCUUCAGAGUUUGGAGGUAAAAAGUUUGCAUAUGAUGGGGAGAAAGCUUUGUACACAGUCGGUCCUCUCCCACAAAACAAGUUUGAGUUCACUGUUGUUCUGGAGGAGUCAUUUGCAAAGAGUGAAAACGGGAAGUCUGGUGAGACUGAAAAAAGAAUGAAACGCUGUUCCAAUCGCUCUAAAUCUUUCAAUGUAGAGAUAAGUUAUGCUGCCAAAAUACCUCUCAAAUCAAUUGCUCUUGCCCUUCAAGGAGCUGAAGUAGACAACACUCAGGAUACAUUGAGAGUGCUUGAUAUUAUUCUACGGCAGAAAGCAGCUAAGAUGGGAUGCCUUCUAGUACGACAGUCAUUCUUCCAUGAUGACUCCAGGAGCUUUGUUGAGAUUGGAGGAGGUGUGACUGGUGUCCGGGGAUUUCAUUCCAGUUUCCGUCCAACUCAGGGCGGCUUGUCCUUGAAUAUGGAUGUAUCUACAACAAUGAUUGUAACGCCUGGACCUGUUAUUGAUUUUCUGUUAACCAACCAGGGUGUGCGAGAACCCCGCUACAUUGACUGGGUAAAGGCCAAAAGAAUGCUGAAAAAUAUGAGGGUUACAACGAGACACCGUAACAUGGAGUACAAAAUCUCUGGGUUGAGCGAGAAGACCUGCUAUAAUCAGUAUUUUACUCUGAAGUUAAGGAGUCAUGAUGGCACGAAUGAGGAGGAGAAUGUGGAGAUUUCAGUGUAUGAAUAUUUCGUCAAACACUGUGGCAUAGAGCUCACUUAUUCAAAAGACAUGCCAUGCCUUGAUGUUGGCAAGCCAAAGAGGCCCACAUAUGUUCCAAUUGAGCUAUGUUCACUUAUUUCACUACAAAGGUAUACGAAAGCAUUGUCUUCACUGCAGAGAGUGUCCUUAGUGGAAAAAUCAAGGCAGAAGCCUCUGGAGAGAAUAAAAAGUGUGACUGAUGCUUUACGAAAUUACAAAUAUGAUGAAGAUCCUGUCCUUGCUGAAUGUGGUAUAUUUAUAGAGAAGCAACUGAUUCAAAUGGACGGCCGCAUUCUUGAGACUCCAAAGUUAAAGGUAGGUAACAGUGAGGACAUGAUGCCCUUUAAGGGACGGUGGAACUUCAAAGGAAAGUCAUUUUUGGAUCCUAGACGUAUUGACUCUUGGCUAGUUGUCAACUUCUCUGGACGCUGUGACAUUAGUCAAAUCUCUCGGGAGCUUAUCAAUGUCGGGAAGAAGACUGGAAUUCAUAUGGAGCGCCCCAAAACUCUUAUCGAGGAAGAUCCGCGAGCUGAAAGACUAGGACCUGUUGCAAGAGUCGACAAGAUGUUUGAACAGAUUCAGGCUAAGCUCCAAGAACCACCUGAGUUCAUUCUCUGUGUCAUACCAAAGAAAGGUUCCGAUAUCUAUGGGCCUUGGAAGAAAAAAGCUCUGGUAGACUUUGGGAUUCCAACACAAUGUAUUUCUCCACCCAAGCUGAGCGAUCCAUACCUGACUAAUGUCCUAAUGAAAAUCAACACUAAGCUUGGAGGAAUAAAUUCUCUGUUGGCUCUGGAGCACUGCUCACGUGUUCCGCUUAUAAAAGAUACUCCUACAAUGAUUUUGGGGAUGGAUGUCUCGCAUGGUUCUCCCGGACGAUCAGAUGUUCCUUCAGUUGCUGCGGUUGUUGGCUCUCGUAAUUGGCCUCUUAUAUCAAGGUACAGAGCAGCUGUUAGAACACAAUCUCCUAAGGUGGAGAUGAUUGAUGGUCUAUACAAGCCACUUCCAAAUGGAGAUGAUGAUGGUAUUAUCAGGGAACUUCUUCUGGACUUCUAUAAGACAAGCCAAGGACGCAAACCAACUCAGAUUAUUGUUUUCAGGGAUGGAGUCAGUGAAUCACAGUUUAAUCAAGUUUUGAACAUCGAGCUGGAUCAAAUUGUAAAGGCUUACCAGCACCUUGGGGAGGAAAAUGUUCCAAAGUUCACUCUCAUUAUAGCUCAGAAGAAUCAUCACACAAAGCUAUUCCAAUCUAAUAGCCCCGAUAAUGUUCCACCAGGGACAGUUGUUGACACAAAAAUCGUGCAUCCAAGGAUCUAUGAUUUCUACAUGUGUUCUCAGGCUGGCAUGAUUGGGACUUCAAGGCCAGCGCACUAUCAUGUCUUGCUUGAUGAGAUUGGCUUUUCCCCUGAUGACUUGCAGAAUCUGAUUCACUCCCUUUCUUAUGUGUACCAAAGGAGCUGUACAGCAAUAUCCAUUGUGGCACCCAUAUGCUAUGCGCACCUUGCUGCAGCACAAGUGGGGCAGUUUAUGAAGUUUGAAGAUCUCUCAGAAACUUCAUCAGCCAAAGGUAGUGUCACAACAUCAGAGAGCAUCCCAGUUCCAGAGCUCCCUAGGCUUCAUGACAAGGUCCAGGGCUCCAUGUUCUUCUGCUAAGGUCCUGCUGCUGGAUAUGGCUGAUGCUUUUAACUUUUUAACUCAUAGACGUAGGACAACAACCCCAGCUUUGCUAUCAUGUGAAAUAGAGCGGUCAGACAUUUAGACAUUCUGGAUGUGGACGACUUUUUAGACUUCAUAUAUGCCUGAGAAGACUCGACAUGUUGAUCUCAACAAGUAUGUUGGUCUUCUCUUGUCUGGGUAUGAAAAGGACUUAUUUAAGUUGUAUGAAAUGAAUAUUUUGCAGAUUUAAAUUUGUCUUUCUAUUAUCUUUGAAUAAUUC